AGUGUCCAAGGAAGUUUGGACAGAUGUUCUCUAGGUAAAUGAGCAAUGCAGGGAACUUGUUCACUGGCAUGGCGUUGCAUUGGAUCAAACGUUGUAAGUUAAAACUAACAUCAUGCAGUUGAAAUGGUGUCAAUUUAUAAAUGUUGUAAGUGCGAAACUUAGUAACUCAAAAUGUAAGUUGAGGACUGGCCUGUACAGUGGUAAUCCUUCAAAGGAGAGUCAGGCCUGCAGACUAUUAGGCAGAAUCUAACUCUAGGAAGUGUCGGUCUCUAAAGCUGUGUGUGUGUUUGUGCAUGUGUGUGCAUACACAUGCAGGCAUAUACCUACUGUUGUCCUGUGAAACAUAAAAGUAGAUAUCCUCUUUCUGAAUAUUCAACACUUGAAUAUGUGCAAAUAACACACCGUGUGCACGUAAAACCUCAACUAUACAAAAUCCAGUUUUUAUUCUUUUGACCACGAGGAAAAAUAGUUGCCAAUAGGAAACCUGGCUUCCGUGUAUGUGAGAGAAAUCUUUGGAAGCGAUAAUAAAAAAUGACCUUUAAUGUAGGCUUGAGCAGUUUUAUAAUAGCCCUGUAACAUUUUGGUUCACAAGGAUAAAAACCUAUGAAUUGAGUAAAUUGACUUAACGUUAUUCUCUCUGUUUUAUCAGUCUCUAGACCCUGUUACUAUUGGAUACAGUAUAUGUUGCAAUGCAGUAAAGUAGCUGAAUCUAGUCUAUAACACAUUUUAAAAUUAUAUCUCUGAAUUGUAAUCUCUCCUGGAAUAUGGCAGGCACAGUGUACAUUUUUGAACUGCACAGAAUUUGCAUAAAAUCAGCAGCUACUUGUGCAAGUCAGACUGGAGGUCAGGUGCUUAUGACUCAGUGGAUAGACAGAUGUGUCUCUCUGAGCACAGAUGGAGUUCUCUUACAAAUGUAGGAGCAUGGAGCAAAGCCCAGGGGGAGUGUAUUCCUGCACAAAGCAACCACGUCAGAGUAGAACUAAUAUGCAAUCCAAUGGGCAGAGAUUCUGGUAGCAGCUUUCAUGUGAUGGGAGCUUGCCUAAGAUAUAAAAGUACUGACAAGCAGAGAGAGAACGGUACGUCCCAAGUGAAGGGCAGCUGUGUACUGGGGCUGUGUGCGCUUGCUUCAUCUACAAUAAUUACCACAUUCUAGUUUCAGGCAUGAAGAUUGCUUGCACUAAAGAAAGCAAACUAUUGAUCUUCAAAGCUCCCAUCGACGGGCUUGCAGUGCAAUACUGUAGAUGAGUUAUUUCUAAACCUGAAAAACGCUGCAGCUUUUCAGACAUGGUUUCUCAUUACAUCUGGCUCUCUCUCCCAUCUUUAGUUAAUGCCUUUGAAAAACCAGGUACAUCACCCAUCAAUGGAAGUUUUGAAGGAACUCUUGGAAUCCCCAACAUCUCGAGUUUCUUUUCCUGGGAUAACUACACCCUUGCUGAGUGGCAGAACUUUGUGGGCAGGAGCAGAUAUGGAGCAGAGUCCCAGAAUCUGACGGUGAAAGCCCUGCUGGUUGCGGCAUACUCCUUCAUCAUUGUCUUCUCGCUCUUUGGGAAUCUCCUGGUGUGUCACGUCGUGGUCAAGAACAAGAGGAUGCAAUCUGCCACCAGCCUGUUCAUUGUAAAUCUGGCUGUGGCAGACAUAAUGAUUACUCUUCUCAAUACUCCCUUUACUUUGGCUCGUUUUGUGAGCAGUACCUGGAUCUUCGGGAAAGGAAUGUGUCACAUCAGUAGGUUUGCACAGUACUGCUCUCUGCAUGUCUCUGCCCUAACCCUCACAGCAAUUGCAGUGGACAGGCACCAGGUUAUCAUGUACCCGCUGAAACCUCGCAUUUCCACUGCAAAAGGUGUUGUCUACAUCUCAUUUAUCUGGAUCAUGGCCACCUGUUUCUCCCUCCCGCAUGCUAUCUACCAAAAAUUAUUCACUUUUGAAUACAGUGAAGAAGUUAUCCGCUGCCUGUGUCUCCCAGAUUUUCCUGAACCAGCUGAUCUCUUCUGGAAGUAUCUGGACCUAACAACCUUCAUCUUGCUCUAUGUUCUGCCCCUUUUGAUCAUCUCCGCUGCCUACCUAACAGUGGCCAAGAAGCUCUGGCUGCGCAGUGCUAUAGGGGAUGUGACUACGGAACAGUAUUUUGCCCUUCGUAGAAAGAAUAAAAAGACCAUUAAGAUGCUGAUGUUGGUAGUUGUCCUCUUUGCUGUUUGCUGGUUCCCAUUAAAUUGCUACGUUGUCCUCCUUUCCAGCCAGACUAUUCGCACUAACAAUGCCUUAUACUUUGCUUUUCACUGGUUUGCAAUGAGCAGCACCUGUUACAACCCCUUCAUUUACUGCUGGCUCAAUGACAAUUUCAGGUCGGAACUGAAGUCUUUGCUCAACAUGUGUCGAAAACCCCCUGGGCCAAGAGAGCACAAGCAUCCAUCCAUGGUUCCCUCCUAUAAAGUAGCCUGGCCAGAAAACAGCAACUGCAAGAAGUUUCAGGUCUCCCAUGGGCGUCCCUCAAUCUCUAAUAGCCAACUGGGAAAGACAGACAUCUCUUCAGUUGAACCUAUUGUUGCUGUGAGUUAAUUGAGGUAACAAUAUGAGUGGUUGUGGGGGAAGUGUCAGGAUUCACCAAGAACUGAAGAUUUACUGCAGGGCACAGACAAACGUACAUGGUAAAGGCCCCUUUGUGCAGGUAACUCUGACUCACAGGAGGCAAUGCACUUCCACUGGCAAGAGUGUGCACAACCUUGUCUAGCCAGAAUGAACUCUCACAGAAGAAGUAUAAAGGACAGAAAUACAAAUAUCAGUAGGAGUACAAUUCUCACAGAAGAACUGCUCCCUUUCUGACCACGAGCACAAGGGAAAUCUACUUAAUAAAAGAUGAAUUUGGGAACAAAAUUUCAUAAGCUGGCUGAACACUAAGCAGCAAGGACUGAACACUGGUAUUAACUUUAUGGCACUCUACCGUCUACCUGAUUCCUGAAAUUCUUCCUUCACACUACAGGUGAUAAUGACCCAUCUCCCUUCUGAUAGGUCUUGAUGUCCCAGUUAAUUGUGUGUUUGCUACCCUAUAGGAAUUUCUCUCCCCAUCCAAUUUCACAGCUCCCCUACUUUGUCAUCAUUGCUGUGCAUGCUUCCCUCCCCAG